AUGAAGAACCCUAGCAGAAGCAACGAAAGAACAGUAAUCGAAGAUAACAUGCUUCUCACCAUGUUUGAUGCCUCUGAUACCAAAGAUACUAAUCAAGACUCUCUCGAUGAACGGUUUGCUUUUUUGGAUGCAGUUCGUGCUUCUUCAAUUGGGCUUGAAUAUGGAAAAUCACCAACUUCAAAAAUAUUUGCGGCAGUCUUCCAUAUGCUAAGGACUGGGAAGUCUUUAGAGUUGAUUGUGGCAAGUUAUAAGCUUCUGGUUGAUUUAGAAAAGCGUUUCCCUCGUGCAUAUUUAUCCGGUGAAGAUGUUUCCAUGUCACCGUCUAACUCUACACCGAAAUUGAUUGUGGCUGAAGAGGCAUGGUCUCCCCUUAUUGUUGGCUUGGAUAAUGCCACUGCUGUCCGUGAAGCAGGUGACAAACAGUCCGGUGGACCUCUCGACCGUUCUAGCUUUCAUAGCCUGAUUGAAGCGCUUGCCGAAACUUUAACUGAGUCCAAGAUUCAAGCAACAAGCAUUAAGUCCUUGCAGAACUUGUUAAUCUUUCAAUAUCUUGUCAUUGUACUUGAAGGCGAUUUUCUACCUCGCAAUGCUACCAUGAACUGGAGCUUGCAGAGGGAGUCUUUGCUCAACCUGUUAAUGGGAUCUAGGAAAAUAAACUACAAGAGUUUGAUGAAAGACUGCAUGAAAAUUAUCUGUCUACUAUGCCAACUUUUUCAAAACGAUCUUAGUAAAAAUCUAGAAGUUGAAAAGAGUUCUGAAUCUCAGUUAUCCGAAAAUUACCAUGUUGCAUUAUCUCUUGAUUUACUUGAAGUAUUAAAGAACACACAUGUCUAUAUGGAGAAACUUCUGGUGAUGAUUAUGGCCCUUGAUAUGUCUAGGAAGAAAGCAGAUAUUGAAGGCCAUACUUCAAGAGUAGAUAGUCCAAGAACACCUUUAGUGGACAUUGUUCUGGAUGAACUGGCUUACAACAAAGAUAAUAUUCCUCAUUUUCUUAAGAUCUUCAGUGAGCCUAAAUGGAAGCUGGAAAUAGUUGUGCAGUAUUUUUGGAAAUACAUAACUAAGCCUGCUGCUCAAACUCGCCGAUCAAAUGGUUCUACUGUAGAAGCAACAUUUGAUGGUGUUUUGACAUGUUUUUCGAACAACACUGGCACUAAGAGCAUAAUUAAAAAAAUUGGUGCAGAUGUAGUUCAGUUGCUUUUGGCUCAUGGUUUUCAGGCUCAAUUAUCAAUAUUGUUAGAAAGAAAUGGGAAUGACAGCGUUGCUGGAGACGGAGAAGGGGACAGUGCUCUUAUAGAUUUGUGUCACGUGUUUAUAUCUGCUUUUGAUAGUUUGAGAAGCACAGAUAAGGAUAUGGAAAUACUGUCGAUUGGAAAAGAGGCACUAUUUAUUGCAGCAACUUCUAUCUCCAUGAAAUCAUAG